CAUCCGUCCAUCCAUCCGUUGUUGCCAUCUGCCCAGCCCAGCCCAAGGGGCUGUCGAUUCUCUACCGCUUACUUGAGCCAUUGUACAGUACUGCAGAUUGUGCGUACUUGUCAGGCCCCAGCGUGUACCGUAUACAAGAAGCAGCAACCCCAAGGAAAGACCACCAUCUGGUCUCGACUCCCCUGGCACCUUCCUCAACCCAUACGUUCAAUUAUCUCUUCUCCUACAACGGCCACCACGACCGUACCCUAUUCCUUAUUUCUCCUCCUCUUUCUCUACCUCCCCUAUUAGCCCCUUUGCGCGACCGCCCUAUAUCGCCGACCUUGCAACGCCCUCGACGCUCGCUCGACGCUACUCACGAUCCUCCCGUUGGGACGCCUGCGCUGCCGACCAACCCUCUCCGAGCCGACCGUUGCGCAAGUUCCACUUACACCGGCCGCCUGCUAUCUCGUCGCCUGGUCGCCGCCACCUGCGUGUGGUGUGUAUGGUGUGUGUGUGUGUGUGUGUGUGGUGUGCUACGUGCCCAAAGCGCCGCCGCCCACUCGAGCCCAUCCCGUCCAUCCGUCGCCUUCACGGGCCGGGUCCGCAAUCAACCGACAGAGAGCGCCUUUUGGAUAAGACCUAACCAAGGAAACACGAUACGCGACAGCCGGGGCAUCAAUCGCCGCCAUACAAAAAUCAACAAGCCCGUGUUUCGCUUGGCUCUGCCUUGUCUAGCCUCACCCCAGCUCGUGUGAGUCGUCCGGCGUGACCGCGACCCGCCCGCCGCCGCCGCAGUGCAGCGCCGGAUCGCCAUCGAAGCGCAUCAGCCCCAGCCCACCCGCGCCCACCCACCCGGAACAGCACAGCAAGCACCGCACAGCGAAGCGCAGCGCAGCACUCAAAGGUCCCCCUCGCCUCGCCUCGCCUCGCCUCGCCGCAGACCGCACGCACGCACGUAGGUACGCACACCCGGACGCCGCCUAUCCGUCCGUGGCCCCGUCCUGCUACCCCCGGCUGCCCGGGCCCUCAUCGAAAGAAACCUUUACCAGGUAGCUAGUCAGUACCUGCGGCACGGCCCCCCCGCCAGUCGUUGGGACGGCCCAUCAAAAAAAAAAAAUAUCGCGUGUCUCGUCACUUACACGCCUGCCGGCCACGGCACUGCUAUACCCGGACAGGCGACUGCCUGCGUGGCUCGCCGUCCUCGGUACUUGGCCGCGUGUCCCGACUCCCCGGACCUCCAGGCUCAGCAAAUCGCAGCGUGCAAGCUACUGCAUGCCGUGACCUCCUUUAACCCAGCUGAGCCGCUGCUGCCGAAGCCAAGAGGCCUUUUUAACCCAUCAGUCCCGCCAUGCCUCGCCCUGCCCUACCCCCUACCCCUGGUUCUUCCACCGAUAUCAAGGGCAAGGACGGCGUUCAACAGCUAUCAUCCUUACACCUUUCCUUUGAGCUCCCACCACCCGCCCUACACGAUGGUGCUCGCGUCUCGCCCACAGAUGCGAAGCACACGACCUCUACUACACAGCCUGCCUACGCACCGCCCUUGAGCUCUCCCCCGGGCCCGUAUCCUCUACAGGCCGCCGAGACGGUUAAAUCCCGCCGAAGGUCCUCCACCGCCAAGGAGACCAAAGAUACGUCAUUCGCCCUACCGCCCCCGCCGACCAGGUCGAGGAAGAUCAUCCAGAUGAAGCCUCGCGCCCAGGAAGAGGCCGCCGAGGGCCCCUCCGCCAAGGACUCUGGCAGGUCAAGCAGCAAAGGCGCCGCCAACGCCGCCAAGUCCACUGGCCCCGGCCCCACGACGGAAAAGGGCAAGAAGAAGCAGCCGAGCGCCACGAGCGCCGCCGGUCGCAAGAUUGCGAGGAAGACGGCGCACAGUCUCAUCGAGAGGAGGCGACGCAGCAAGAUGAACGAGGAGUUCGCCGUCCUCAAGAGCAUGAUUCCGGCUUGCACGGGCGAGAUGCACAAGCUGGCCAUUUUACAGGCUUCAAUCGACUACGUCCGAUACCUCGAGGACUGCGUGUCCAAGCUCAAGGCCCAGCACGGUGAGGCGCAGAAUCGCGCCGAGUCGUCGCACAACCCGCUCCCGCCCAUCCGCGAGUUCCACCCGACGUUCCACGAGGAUCCCGCGGGGGACGUUGACAUGACAGACUCGGACACGGCGUCGCCCCGAUUCGCAGCCCACCCGGAGCGUUCCCACCAGUCGUCCGUCUCACCGGCCCUGCAGGCGCAGGACUCGCGCCACCGCCAGCACUCGUACUCGUCCGUCUCGACGGACCAGCGCCACUACAGCUACAGUGCGUCCGCCGGGGCGUCUCCCGCCUUCGGGCCUCAACAGAACGGCCUCUAUUCCCACGGCAACAUGUCGGCCUCGGGAUCGACAUUGACGAGCCCCGCCCUGAACCCCCAGAGCGACCUCGAUCAGGAGGCGACGGCGGCCUUGUUGAUGCUCAACAACGACAGGCGGGGCGCAGCAAACGCCAGUGGACGUGGCCUGUCCGUGCGCGACCUGCUCAGCACGUGAGGCGCUGGCUGACACGAUGUGACAGACGACUGCCCCCCUUGGAGCAGCCGCGACGUGAUCGUGGUCUGUGACCUCGCGCUUUCGCCCAGGCCGCGUCCUUGUAGCACGCCGGACCCCCUGGCAGGCCACGGCUAGGAGGUCAACGCGGCACUUGCCACCACGAUUUCUUUGCGAUGCGGAGACGAGGCGAUGAAACGAUUCUUCCUACAUAGACCAGGGUGAUGCUGUGUGUUUGCUUGAAUAACUUUGGCGAGUCUUUUCUUUUUUUUCUGUACUGUGCGCGGCGCGAGAAUAUCUUGGUUGACUCAUGUGGCGUUUGGCUGUUUGUUUGCGAACAUGUCGCUGCGGCGCGAGGGUUGGGAUGGGUGGUUGCUUGGACCUGAAUGCGAGGCUUCAAUGUUUGUGCUGCAUGAUGCCUAAAGCGUUAUCAAAAUGUAGACAGAUGGCGUGGCAGUCGUGGCCCAAGGGGCAAAAAUGGCGCCUUGUGUAAUCAGCUGUGCUUGGUAUAUACACGUAACAUUCUAUCUC